AUGCAGGAGCCCGACGAUGAGCAGCAUGUUGACGAUGUUCUGCAGCCCGACACCGACGAGGACUCAGCUCUUGACCUGGGUGAAGAUCAAAUAUCAACUGCCUCGCUGACGUCCACUAUCCGACAUUUCGAGAUCGAAAAUGGCCAUACUUACCACGCGCUCAAUGCGGGAAAAUACAUCUUGCCGAAUGACGAGAGAACAAGACCCAGACUGAUCACAACGUUGGCGACAGAUAUCCAAAAUCAACACUUCCUAGCUACCUUUGAGGGCCGUGCCCAUUUUGCACCGGGGGCAGAUACGGCACAGCGAGUCCUCGAUGUUGGUACCGGGACUGGGAUAUGGGCAAUUCAAUUUGGUACUGAACUGCAAUUGUCCAGGAUUGCUCGACUGGUUGCUGACGAUUUGAUUCCAGCUGAUGAACACCCCGCAGCGCAGGUUAUCGGCGUCGAUUUGAGCCCGAUACAGCCUACACUUGUCCCCCCGAACUGUUCAUUUGAGAUCGACGACGUUGAACGAGAAUGGACAUGGUCGUUCCCCUUUGACUAUAUCUUCAGCAGAAUGAUGGUGGGCAGUUUUGCUGAUUGGCCUAGUUUUAUCGGCCGAGCUUACGAGAAUUUGAACCCCGGCGGCUGGCUGGAACUCCAGGACUGCAUUUUCCCACUGGCGACCGACGACGGGUCUUUCCACGAGGGCCAGCCCAUUUAUGAGUGGAGCUCCUUGCUGCUCGAAGCUAGUCAGAAGCUGGGACGGUCGUUGGGCGACGCCACUCGUCACCGCGAGCACAUGACGGCUGCAGGCUUCAUCAACGUCACGGUGAAGCACUUCAAGUGGCCUUCGAACCACUGGCCCAAAGACCCGAGGCACAAGGUCGUCGGGCUGUGGACGUUGGCCAAUAUCGGCGAAGGCCUGGAAGGUCUGAGCAUGGCACUGUUGUCGCGGGGUCAUGGGUGGACGCGGGAGCAGGUCCUGGCUUACCUCACUGGUGUGCGGAGAGAUCUGCAAGACCGGAGGAUCCAUGCAUACUGGCCCAUGUGA